AUGGAAACACCCAAUUCUCCCUCCAGCAGCCACUGGCACAGAUCCCAGCAGCCUGGCUCCAGUAAACAAGCUGCUGGCCUGGCCGAGCCCCAGGCUGUGCUGCUCUGCUGGGGCCUGAUGCUCAGAUGGGGCCUGCAGGGGAGCUUCGUGCAGCCCCUACACAAGGCUGAUGUUCAGAGGGCAGAAAUAGGGGGUGGCCGUCUCUCUAUUCUCUCUGCCUCUGACAACAAGAGUCAGCACGUCACCGGGGAGUUGAUCCCACCAGCCCCAGAAGCUCCAAGCUCCCAGCAGAUCCCAGACAAACCUGUAAACACCUGCCUCCACCCCAGCCUUGCUGAGGUGGGCCCAGCCGAGAGCCCCCUGACGGAUUCGCAGCACAAGCUGCUGCCUCUGCACUUCGCGGUGGACCCCGGGAAGGACAGGGAGGGGGGAAAAGACGCCAACGAUAACGCCCCGGCUGGCCCAUGUUCCCGUCUCGCUAGCCUGAUCUUGCCGCUAGAAGCCAAGCUAAACCUUCUGCACAGCUACAUGAAUGUGACGGGGAUCUGGAUCCCCCUCGAGACCCGGGCCCCUCUGGCACAGCCGGAGUCCCCGACGGUCUCGGCGAGGGAGGAAGUGCAUUCCCUGGCCGACUCGCUGGACUGGGAGUGCAGCAACUCCAACAGCAAGAUCGGCAAGGUCAAGGGCAAGACCCGCGCGGACUCCGUGGCCAGCAAGCUGGGCAGCUUCAGCAAGACGCUGGACAUCAAGCUGAAGAACAUGGGCGGCCCGGUACACGGCCACGUGAGCCGCGCCAACCCCGCCAACAGCAAGCACGAUACAGCGCCCCAGCGCGGCAAGAAGGCCAAGGUGCGCAAGGGCAGCAAGCAGGAGUCGGGCGCCCCGGCCAGCACUUCGCCCUCGGAGAAGACCACGCCGUCGCCCACGGACAAGGCGGCAGGCGCGUCGCCGGUCGACAAGGAUGGCGGGCCGCGCGGCGACGCCUGGAAGUGCAGCACGGACAUGAAGCUGAGCCUCAACAUCCUGCGCGCCGCCAUGCAGGGCGAGCGCAAGCUCAUUUUCGCCGGCCUGCUGCUCACCAGCCACCGGCACCAGUUCCACGAGGAGAUUAUCGGCUACUAGCUGACCAGCGCGCAGCAGCGCUUCAGCUCGGGGCAGGAGCAGCCGCGCCGCGCCGCCCCCGCCGCCGUCUCCACGGCCAAGCGGCCGCCGCGCAGGCCGGAGGCCGAGGGCACGCGAGGCCCCGAGCGCGCCUCGCCGGCUCCGCUGGCCGAGCCGCCCACGCAGCUGGUGCUCAAGCUCAAGGAGCGCCCGAUCCCCGGGCCGGCGGAGGGGGUGCGGGCGGCGACGCGCGGCGCGGCCUCCGGGUCCCAGCGGCGGCGGGGGCAGCGGCGCGGGGACGCCAGCGGACCGGCCCCCGGGCGUAGCCCCCCGGCGCCGGGGUGCCAGGGCGUCAUCCACGUGGAGGCGGCGGGCGCGCGGGAUGAGGCGUGCGCCCCAGCCGUGGGCGCGCUGCGGCCGUGCGCCACGUACCCGCAACAGAACCGCUCGUUUUCUUUGCAGAGCCACAGCCCAGCGCGCGCCGCCGCCUUGCGCACGAUCCACACGGUCGAGUCCGUGGCGCGCGUCCCGGGAGCCUUGCGAAGCGCGGCAGGGGCCCCGGGCGCGGCCGAACCCAAAUCGCAAAUCUACACCAACGGCUUCGGCGCGGUGCGCCACGGCGCGCGCUCAAAUGGUGAAGGCGGCGGGGAAGGCCCGGGCGCGGGGGCGGCGCAACGGCACUGCCAGCGCGGGAACUGCGCGUUCUACGGGGCGCACCGCGGCCGAGCACUACCACUGUGCCGCUACCGUGGGGUGCGCGCGGCCCGGCCCUGA